AUGUCAUCGGUUGAUCCAGACUAUUUUCCUUCUAUCUUGUAUGACAAUGACCAUGAAAUUUACCCUGUGAGAGAUGUGUCUUUUUCGUCUAGCAGCCCUACUAUUAUUGGAAGAGCAUCACAAAACCCUCAUCUACCAAAUUGUGAGAGAAUGGCUGGAGAUGACAACCUGUUUUUCACGAAUCCUUCAAUUAGUAUGAAGCAUGCUUUAUUGAGAGUGAGUCCACUUCCAAAUGAUUCAAAUGCAAUCACGUUGGAGGAUUGCUCUAGCCAUGGUGUUGGACUUUUCAGAUUGAGUGAUCCAGAUUAUAUCACGCUGACUCCCGGAAAACCAAUGAAGUUGCAAGAGGGUGAUAUUAUUGGUCUAGCCCUCUCUAAGGAUCAUCAUCAUCCCACUUCAAGCAUAUGUAUCAAAGAGAGUUUAGUUCGAUUUUUGAAGCACUCUAGAGUUCAACUUUUAGUGUAUCGCGCUGGAUACUCCCGGUUAGGUGUUAUACGAAUUCAGACGAAAGCGUUCUUAAAAUUUAUCAGGGAUCCACCUCUGGGCAUUCCCUGCGAUUAUCUAGCUCCUAACAAUCAAUAUGGGUUUGAAUGGGACUACAGCUCAAAGGAGGACGAAGAACAAGAAGAGCAAGAAGAUGUCGAAGAUGUCGAAGAUGACGAAGAUGACGAAGAUGACGACGACGACGACGAGUCAGGCGAAGAUUCUUUAGUCGAUUCGAUUGAAUCAUCAGAUGAAUCAGAUGACAAUGAUUUGUGCAUCGAAGUGGCUUCCGAAUGCUCUGACUCUGCUCCAGAGUGCUCACCGAUCAUAAAGAAAGUUUUGAAAAGAACACUAGACGAGGCUGAUGAAGUGGAUAAUGCUAAGGAAGAGUCUGUUAAGAGGUUAAAAACAGAAUGUAAGGGCGAUGUCAACAAGGCUAUUGAUGAUCUUGAAAACAUCAAAGAUGGGAAAAUCGAGUUGGGCAAGAUUGAUGAAGUUGUAGAGAUCUUAAAAGAAGUUAGAAAGGAGGCUAAGAAAGAUAAUCGUGGAAGACUCGCAACCACUCUUAAAGCAACUUUACUGGGGGCAUCGGUUGGUGCCAUUGCUAUGUUCGGAACAUUGGCUCAUUUGGGGGUUGAUCGGGUGUAG